GACGUCACUGCACCAACUUUUCUGAAGAGCGCAGAUGGACGCACGUGCAUUUUAUGAUCACAGAAGUUGGGGAAAAUGUGUUUUAAUGUCACCGAAUACGAUUUCUGGAGCGCGAAACAUUAGAUAACUCAUCUGUGAAGCUGUUAAGUGAAACUGUAAGUCAUGUAACACGGUGAACGUGAGUGUUUACAAGUGGCGUCAACAGCAUGUAUAGAUGUAAACACAGUUCGUUCACAUGGACAGCAUUUCUCUCAGUCCUGAUGAUAAAACAGCAGCAGUCUGUUAUAGCUUCAUCUGUGGAGGUUCAAGUGGAUGUUGACAAGCCACUACGAAACUUGAAGCACUUUUGGAGAAGCACUGGAUUCUGCCCUCCACAGCCACACAGUGAUGCACACCUGUAUGAUCUCAGUCCAGACCAGCAGAUGAAUCUGGCUUUGAUCGGCUCUGUGCCGCACAGAGGAAUCCAGCAGGUGCGGAUACACUGGAUGCUGGAGCUGGUGUCGGCACGAGUUUACAGUGGAGAAUAUCACUACAACUUCACUCACUUAGACCGGCUGAUUGACCUUCUCUGGCAGAAUGGACUGCAGCCGGGCUUCGAACUGAUGGGCAGCGCAUCCAACAGCUUCAGCAACUUUGAGGACAAAAGUCAAGUUACCGAAUGGAGGAAUUUGGUCUAUUUGAUCGCCAAAAGAUACAUAUGGAAAUAUGGACUCGGCUUUGUCUCUCAGUGGAACUUUGAGACAUGGAAUGAGCCCAACAACCAUGAUUUUGACAACAUCACUGUUUCAAUCCAAGGGUUUCUGAACUAUUAUGAUGCCUGCUCUGAAGGACUUCGUGCGGCGAGUCCUCUCUUGAAGUUCGGGGGUCCGGGAGACUCUUGUCAUUCUCCGCCCCACUCACCAUACUGCUGGGAAAUGUUACAGCAUUGUUACAACGGCACAAACUACUUCACUGCAGAGACGGGCGUACGGCUAGACUACAUCGCCCUACAUAAGAAGGGAGGUGGCAGCUCGUUACCCAUCCUGCAGCAGGAAGUGACCACUGUGCGGGAGAUCCAGCAGCGCUUUCCACAAUUUCGUUCUGUGCCGAUCUACAAUGACGAGGCAGAUCCGCUGGUUGGCUGGAACAAACCACUCACCUGGAGAGCAGAUGUCACCUAUGCAGCCAUGGUGGUUAAGGUCAUCUCACAGCAUCAGAACCUGCUCAUCGCUGACCAGAACAGUACUGUCAACUACACGCUGCUUAGCAACGACAAUGCUUUCCUUAGUUACCACCCGCACCCGUUUACUCAGCGCACUCUCACUGCUCGAUUCCAGAUCAACAACACAAACCCGCCGCAUGUGCAGUUAAUACGGAAACCAGUCCUGACUGUGAUGGGCCUGUUGGCUUUGUUAGGUGAGACUCAGGUGCAGGCCGAGGUGUUGACUGACGCCUCUGAAGUGAAUUCAUCAGUGGGUGCGCUGGCCACCGUUCACGUGCCUCAGGUGCCGUACACAGCCGAUAGCUGGCAGACCACCGUCCUGCUGUAUAACAGCAGAGACAACCAGACCUACUCCACCGCUGACGUCAUCACUCUGCGCCUCACUGGAAUACCUCAACGAAAGGGUCUGAUGUAUGUGACACACUACAUGGAUAAUAAUGUGACAAACCCUUUUAAACUGUGGGAGAAGAUAGGCAGCCCUGACUAUCCCACUGCACAACAGUUCACACAGCUACGGAGCCAAGAGGAUCCACAGACUGAUGGACCUCUGCCGGUCCCAUCCAAUGGCUCUCUGACGCUGAAGGCAGUGCUUCCUGUCCCCUCAGUGCUGCUUGUACAUGUUUGCGCUCAGUCUAAGGAAGUGCCCAACCAGGUAAACGGGGUGCGCUUCAUCACCAUCACCAAAGGACAGGUUCUGAUCAUCUGGAAAGAUCACUGCAUCGGCACAAAGUGUAUAAAAACUUAUGAAGUGGAACUUUCCAAAGACGAGACGACUUUCCAGAGGAUUAACCACAGAGACACUAUUUUCACAUACUACACUUAUUCUCCAGAGAGUCUGGAGGUGAGCGGUUAUUAUAGAGUCAGAGCCGUGGAUUACUGGGGAAGAAAUGGAGAAUACUCGGUCACUGAGAAAUAUUCGGAGAACUGGUAGUCUUGUUUAGACCAACUUUUGACUGUCCACAUACAAUAUAGUUCACUUUGCAUCUUAAUUUGAUCAAAAAUACUCACCAGAACAGGAUGAGACUAGUUUGACCAAAACGUCAAGUGUCCAAACAGUUUGUUUUAUUUUUGAAUGUCAUUUAGGGGUGUUUAUCUGAUGCUGCAGUAAUUUACCUUGAAAGCACAAUUAUUUUUUUAACCAGCAAGUCUGUGUCUGUGCAGCCUCUGCUGAUCAUAUUUGAAUAUGCAUACAAGUCCACGGGCAUAUUUUAUCCGAGGUAAAAAUAGAUUGAACGGACUGUAUGAUGAAUUUCUGAACAACAACCUGAAGUUUUAUUUACAGUAUUUCCUUGUAUUGAUUAAAAAAAAACAACAACAAAAAAAACCCCCAAUACAUUUUAAUAUUAAAUGCUGCGACUUUAAA